AUGGUUAAUAGAAUUCAUACAAUUAUAAAAUUAUUUCCACAAUGCGAAGUUAUAAUGGAUCAAUGUAAAAACGGUACGCAUAAAGCGAAGGAACUUUUAUGUAAUAAUAUUAGUAGAUCAUUAGUUAAAAGAAUCGAUAAGGAUAUAUAUAAUAUAUGCACUGAAGCUAUGGAAUUUUUAUUUAAAAUAUAUUUAAAAUCAGAAAAUACCUUAAUAGAAGCUGGAUGUAAGUACUUGUAUACUUGGAUAUAUUAUGAACUUAAAAAAAAAGAAAAUAAUAAGUAUACCAAUAGUCUUUAUGAUCAAGUGACAGAAAAAUAUGGCAAAGAGAUAAUAGGCAAAACUUACUGCGACGAAUAUAAAAAAAAAAUUAAUGAUGAACAAAUGUUUAAACUGAGAUUCUUGUAUGAAUUGUAUAAAUGUCAUAAAGUUAUGAGUGAUAUUAGUAUAAACAACACGGACGGAGAUAUUUGUAAUCCCUUAAAAGAUAUAAUGAAUGAAUAUAAAGAACAAAUAACUAUAGAAUAUGCUGCAGUCAAUGAAACAACUGAAAGUGUAAUGAGGUCAUCAGUAAGCGUUCCACAAUAUCAAAAUAAUAUUAAAGCAGCUAUAAUAACCACAAUUAUCGUAAUGCUCUUAAUAUUCCUUUUUAUUUUUUUUGUCUUUAAGUUUGCAUCAAAUUCUUCAUAUUUCCAACAAAAUAUACAAAGGAUAAGGAAUAUAUCGAAAAAUAUUGAUAGUGUAUUUCCCAUAUUGAAACAAUCAGAAACAAACAGAAUUAUUUCAUGGAAUAAUAGAUAUAAUGUAUCAUAUAAUAUUGACUAA